GGCGGGCCCGCGCGCGGGAGGUUUUGGCGGGCGGUGGCAGAUGGCGGCCGAGGUGGCCUAGCGGCUCUCGGGCCGUGGGUCUCUGCUUGCUGUCGUCGGCAGGUGCUUCGUGAGCUACUAGGCGCUAUGGACAGCGAGUGGGAGUGCGAGCAUCUCUGGCUGUACGUGCUGGCCCUGGGCUUCGGCCCGGAGGCUGGCGACACCGACGUGGCGCUGGGAAUGAACAUAUUUGAAAACCUAAACAGCAGUGCGUUUCAUGUCAUUGCGCUCUUCUUGUUCGCUAAGCUGGAUGCCUCACGUGCAGCAGAAACUUUCGGAGACUGUUCCUUUCGAGUAGGAAACUUCACAGAUCCUGAAUUUAGGAAGCAGUGCAUUAUUUGGCUAAAAGAUAUUGCAAACGAAGAGGAAAGCUGUCUUCCACAAAUUGUACCUUCUUCCUUGAUAUCUCCUGCUGGUCCUAAAUUUAUUCAGCUCUUGUAUCAGUUUGCAAAACAUGUAUUGAUUGAGGACAUGAAAAUGAACUCCAAAGGCACUGAUAUACCUUUUGCUGAAGCUGUAAAGUUGACACCUACAGAUACAUACAUGGCAAAUGCAAGAUGUAGAGUUGCAUACAACAAACUUCUGCAAAUUUUUGAGAAGGAACAUUUUGUUAUUCAAGAAUAUGAGAAAAAAGCACAGCUUUUAACUACAGAAAUAAACCAGAUAAACUCUGAAUAUGAAGUCCUGCAAAUGCAGUCUUGCAAGAUGAAACAAAAUGACCAAAACAAAAAUGACAAAACUGAGAGAAUUCAAAAGGUCCGCAGUAUGUGGACACUUAUAAUGGAAAUGCUUACAUCUCUGAAAAAGGAAAAGGAAGUUGUGGAUUCUGUACUUGAAGAGUGUGAUGGUCGGUGCAUUUUAGAUGGAACUAACGUUGUUUUCAGUGUUCCAGAACUGUUGGUUCACAAAGUUGAAAAUGACAUACACCAAUGUUGUACAGGAAAUGUAUAUGAAGGUGAAAAACUGAAUUUCUUAACAGUUAUUCAGUUAUUAAAUGAAGCUUUGAGGACAUUGAGAGAUGCAUAUUUUCAAUCUGAAGUAAAAAACCAACUUCAGGUCUUUGAGAAUAUGGUUAUGCUCCACAAUGAAGUACUACAGGCUUUGGAAGCAAAGAGGCUACAAGAUGAACAGCAUUGUGUGUCAGUGACUGGAUCUAUUUCUACAAAACAGAAAGACUGGGGAGCAAAAUGGAAAAGCUUUCUUCAGCUGUGUCCUUUUGAUUUUAUCUUGGAUCAGGAUCCAGAACUUGAUCUAAGAGCUUUGUCACCCCAUUCUUGUGAUCUUGCAGAAGAUGAUGAUGAUGAUAGCGUCUUUUGUCAAUAUAUAGUAUCAAAUCCAGAUUUUUGUGACUCUGUUCAUGAAGUAUGUUCUAAGAAAGAUGAUGAGGCAUUGGAAACUAUGAUGGGUGAUGAGGCAUUGGAAACUAUGAUGGAUGACUCAACACCACCACCAGGAUGGAUCUCAUCAGUGCCUUUGGAGGAGUUGUCAGAAGCAUCUGAAAACACAGAUGUGCUAAUUGAAAAGAACUUGCAUAUUGAAACUUGCAAGGAGGAAAAAAAUUCUGUCCCUCCACACAUCUUAAAAAAUGAAAAGGAUGAGUCCACCAUGUCAAAAGUAUGGGAGAAUGCAGAUGGUCAUGUUAUCCAGACAGAGUCUCCUUUCAAAAACGAAGACCCUCUUAAGAAAGCCAUAGAUGACCUGGCAGAAGAGGUUGCAAAAACAGUGAUAGCUGAGUCAUCUCAGAGUGGUGAAGGAAAAGGAAUGGGAUUAGAAGAUCUCAUUAGCUCACUGGCUUUUAACCCAUUUUUAACAAGGAAACAAAUUCCCAGGACACCAGAAAAUCUGCUUACUGAAAUUAGAAGUUCAUGGAGAAGAGCUAUUCAGACUGAGGGCUCAUCGGACACAGAGCUGGCCGCAACUGAAGUAGUGAUAGAAGAUGCUCCCAUGGAUGUUAGACCUAUAAUGCAGAAGGCAGCAGACUCUAGUUUCCUGUGCUCUAUCCCUGCAUCUCCCGUACCUGACUUUGAUCCUCCCUUGUCAGAAAGGAAGUCCCAAUUAAGUUCUACAGAAUUUAGACCUCAAGAGGAGAUAAGUCAUAACAUUGAAUCUCUAAUUUCAGAAACUUCUGGAAUGCGAGAGAGUGAGGGAACUGAAGAACAGGAAGUAAAAUAUAUUGUUUUAAACAAAAGUUCUGUAGAAGAUCCAGAAGAACAGACUUUUCACUAUGUAAAGAAGAGCAUGAAUACUGCAGAUACUUGUUCAGAAAACAAUAGUAGAACAAAUGUUCUACCUUCAGACCACUCUCUGGGUUCCUUAAUGGAUGGGACACUGCUCUGCAAUGUAUCUCCAUUGUUAAGUUCUAUCAGACAUGAAGUUUCCUCCCUGAGUAUAUUGGAUGAGUCAUUUCCAGAAGAACUUGUUAACAUGGAUCCUAACAGAUCUGCAAGCUCAGAGCCUGAUUGUACUGUGGACAGCACAUAUGUAACAGAUGGCUCAGAAAAUGAGGAUAUUAAAAAAUCAGAGCUAGACCUACAGUCGCUCUUCAACACAUAUAAAACGCUGGAAAAGACUGCAUCUAGAAGUGAAGAGGAGCUGCAUCAAGCGCAUAAAGGAGGUGAAUCUGUAAGUUGUAGAUCAGACCUAAGUCUUGUACCAGAAGAAAGAGAUGAAUUGUAUGGUCCUCUAGAACUCUACUGCUUGGGAGAGGAAUUUACCAAGAUGCCAUCGCCAGUAUCUCUUGAUGAAAGAAAAUAUUCUCUGUCAUCUUUGCUGGUAUCCUGUCAACAUCUGGAGGAAAUGGCAUCAAUGGUACAUGACAUCCCAUUAGACUUAAUACAUAAAUUGAAGGAUAAAGAGCAACUGAAUGAGAAGCAGGGCACGAAGGAACCACCAUCAUGAUAGAAUUUGUAAAGCAGAAGAAUAACCAUAGUAGUACAAUUACGAUUCACUUGAUCAUGUAACAUCUUGUCCAAGCACUGCCUAGAUGGAGAAGUUGAACUUCUAUUUUUUCCAGAGACUGUAUUCCACUAUCCUUGUUUAUGAGUGUCAUUUGCCUGCUCUGGUUCUUCCAGUUUUAUUUCCAUAGUAGCAUUUUAUGUAUAGCCCGUGGCUUAUGCUUUAAAAGGAAUAUUAGUUCUGUAUAUAUUUUCUUAAAAAUAGGUGUUGAGUAGAUGGUAUAAUCCUAGAAAAUGGAAAAGUUCCAAAUGAGGUAAUAGUGAAAUCUUUGUUGUAUCUGUCUUCCCCCUAACUUGCAUCUUGCCUCCCACUCCUCUACCCCCCCCAAAAAAAAUUGACCCAAAUUUUACUUGGUGCUCUGUGUUCAUUGGAUUCUUCUCUCUUACUGAGACUUCUGGUCAAUAUAGCCAUCAGUUCUACCUGUUGAUAGAGGCUGCUCUGUUUUCAUAAACUUCCACUGAAGUGCCUAUUUUCUUAUGCAUAUUAUUAAAUAUGUUUUACAUUGAAGUUUUAAGAAUGACUGACUUGUGGUAGUGUUAAUGCCUUUUGGGGGAUUGUGACGGAAGUAACUGAUAAUACAGCUUGUGGUGGGGUAGGAAUGUAAAAGUUGAUGUUCCAGCAGAUAAACUUACUGUAAAAGUACAGCUCCUAACCUGAUGUGUUUAGAGAAUUGAAGCAUUGCUGAGUAAAGUUGGUUUUCUGUUCUAUUA